UACCUGAAUUACUUUCAAUGUAUAUUUUCAAACAUUGUUAUAGUGCCCGGGAAAUCCCUGCCCAGGAAAGUAUAAAAACACUGAGAGGUGAAGCAAGACAUACAAAAUAAUUUGGAUAAACCAAGGAUGAACAUUGUUAUAACCAUGACGCCAAACACCAAGCUUUAUUUGGAGUUGAACACCAGAACACACACGGUGUCAGUAUGCACGCCAAUGGCUGCCCAACAGAACUCAACAUGUUCUGGAGUCACAAACUCAGAGUUUGAUCAGGACAAGUGUCUGAGGAACAUUGAGGAGGAUCUACGUUGUUAAAGUGACAUGCUGCAAGUUAUUGAUCCUAAACUGCUUGGACUCACUGUGCUGCAAAACCUCAAAGAGAUUAAGGAGAAUUGCUUCUCCUCGUCUUUGUUGGGAGACUGGUCGUCUCAGCAGGAUACUCAAGGUUGUAGGCCUACUCAAGGUACUGCUAAUCAAAAUCCCUUUGAUGAAAGGGUACAUCUGUGUAAAGUGCUGAAGGGGUUCCGGGUUCGCACCAUCACCAUCAACAGAAUCAUUGGCUAUAUUCAUGCUGGAGACCACAAUAUGUAAGGUGGCAUCCUUAUCAUGGACCAGGCAUGUUGGAGAAUAUUCCUCAUCACCAUCAUUGUCGUCUUGAAAAAAUAAUCACGUUUUCAUGAACACCACCAAGUUGCCUUUGUCAAUGUUAUGUCCUGUGGACAAGUGUUUUUUAAAAAUCUAUAUUAUCAUUUAAUGACAGUUUAAAAAAGCUACCGAAGAUCUAGAAUUUAAAGGAGUCAAAUGUUUGUUACAUAUUGCUAAUAUAUAUUCAUCUAAGUAUUUAUGUUGAUUUGUUUUACUUCAAAAGCUAAAUAAUUUUCAAAUGUGAUAUUUAUUAUCAACCUAAUGAGUUGUAUUAUUUAUUUGCCUAAUUUAUGAUUGUAAAAUAUUUAUUUUCUACAUAUCAAUUUAACUUAUUUCAAUGUUUACACAGUUUUUGUUGAAACA